UAAUUUUAUACAUGUCCAUUAACAACUGCCCCCGUACAAAAACAACGUGGAUCAGUGUAAAAUUAAAUAAACAGUGAUGACGCUCGAAGCAAUAAGGUAUCGUAGAGGACAACUUGAUAUCCUUGACCAGUUACUUUUACCCUCUCAGUCUGUAUAUAUAUCAGUGAGUGACACUAAAGAUGCAUGGGAUGCAAUCAAAAAAAUGCAGGUGCGUGGUGCUCCAGCUAUUGCCAUUGUUGGUUGUCUAAGUUUAGCAGUAGAGUUGAUUGACACAGACUUCACUAACACUGACGAUGUUGCUUCAUAUGUGGCAUCAAAACUACAGUACCUUGUAUCAGCCAGACCUACAGCUGUCAACAUGAAAGAAGCUGCUGACAGAUACACAAGUCUAGUGAAAAAAAUCACACUUGAAAAUUCAGCAUCAGUCGAGAGUGUAAAGAAAAGAAUGGUUGAGGAAUUUGAGCAGAUGUUUAAAGAUGACGUAGCGACAAAUAAAGCUAUGGGUAGUUAUGGUGCCGACCAUAUUCUCAGCAAGUAUAAGAAUAAACCAGUCAGCAUCCUCACUCAUUGUAACACAGGUUCACUAGCUACAGCUGGAUAUGGUACUGCUUUAGGUGUAAUAAGAAAACUACAUGAGAUGGAGAAGCUUUCACAUGCAUUUUGUACGGAGACACGCCCAUACAACCAGGGAGCUAGACUUACAGCAUAUGAACUUGUAUAUGAGAAAAUACCAUCUACUCUAGUCUGUGAUAGCAUGGUUUCCAUGGUGAUGAAGGAGAAGAAUGUGUCAGCUGUUGUAGUAGGAGCAGAUAGGGUUGUGAGGAAUGGAGACACAGCUAAUAAGAUAGGAACUUACCAGAUAGCAAUCUGUGCCCAGUAUCAUAAUAUACCAUUCUAUGUAGCUUGUCCAACUACAACAUUUGAUUCUAAUUUAGCAACUGGCAAGGACAUAGUAAUAGAAGAAAGACCUCAUAGCGAGAUGACUCAUGUGAAAGGUGUCCAGAUAGCUGCUGAAGGUAUAAAUUGUUUUAAUCCAGCAUUUGAUGUGACGCCAGCAGACUUGAUUACUGGAGGAAUUAUAACAGAACAUGGGGUAUUUCCAGCUGACAAAAUCUAUGUUGAACUUAAAUCACGAUCCAUACUUGGAUGACCUUACAGUCUGUGUGUUAAAUGAAUUAGAUCUAUGUUUGAAAACAUGCAGCUUUUAUUGUUUAUAUCAGAUAUUUUUAUUAACUGUCUUCACAUCGAUUGUGUUCAAUAUUUUUUAUAAUAAUUAGUGUUAUAUGUGUCUAGUCAGAUCAUAAUUAUUUGUGUUGGGUUAUCCUGUAAAAAUUGAAAUAGAAUAAAUCCUAAUACUAGUAAACAGUAUAUAUAAAA